AUGUCCGAUACUUCCGACACAGACGGCAUUGCCCGUAUCGAAUCCUUCAAGAAUGCCCACCUCGCCAUGGCGCCCGAAUACUCCUUCGCCGCAGCUCUCUGGCCACCGGUCCACAUCACCUCAGCGUCACGAAGCACGACGAGUGCCACCUUCUCUACAAGAUUCAACCCAAUCUUUGGAAACCAUAGCAGAACCGCCGUCCAUGGCGGCGCAAUCGCCACACUCUUCGACUCUUUGACGGGAUGUACGCUUGCGUUGGUUGCUGAGAAGGGAUUCUGGGUAAGGAAGGACAAUAAUUGUAAGCUCAGUCAUCUGAAGAAAACCAAGCUAACGAGAAGUGAUAGGAUGGAAAAGAAGUGA